GGAGUUCUCUCCUUGCUUCUCCAGCGUUGGGGGUUGCCCAGGCCAGAGGAGAGAGAAGGGGAAAUUGAGUACUAAGAGGGGAGCGCCUCACCACCCCCCAGAUAACCAGACGCUACCUAUCCCCACUCUUUCCCCCGCCCCCACCCUACCCUGGUACUACCCCACUUCCUUUCAAAAUGAACCUCAACUUCACCUCCCCUCUCCACCCCGUGUCUUCCCAGAGGCCCACGUCCUUUUUUAUUGAGGACAUCCUGCUGCACAAGCCCAAGCCACUGCGGGAGGUAGCUCCUGACCACUUCGCCAGUUCCCUGGCCUCCCGCGUCCCCCUAUUAGACUAUGGUUAUCCCCUCAUGCCCACGCCGACCCUUCUGGCUCCUCACCCGCAUCAUCCUCUUCACAAAGGCGACCACCAUCACCCUUAUUUCCUUACUACCUCGGGCAUGCCAGUCUCGGCGCUUUUUCCUCAUCCUCCUCACACCGAUCUUCCGGGGAAGCACUGUCGUCGCCGUAAAGCCCGCACGGUCUUCUCCGACUCUCAGCUCUCCGGCCUAGAGAAGAGGUUCGAGAUCCAACGUUAUCUGUCCACCCCAGAGAGAGUGGAACUGGCCACCGCUCUCAGCCUGUCGGAGACUCAGGUGAAGACGUGGUUCCAGAAUCGGAGGAUGAAGCACAAAAAACAGCUGCGGAAAAGUCAAGAUGAGCCAAAGGGACCCGGUGGCCAGGAGAGCCCCCAGCGCAGCCCGCACACCUCAGAGGCGGUGCCCGUCGAGCCCCGGGCUGGGCCGCCCGUCGCCGGCCCCUUUGUGCUCACUGAGCCGGAGGACGAAGUAGACAUUGGGGACGAGGGAGAACUGGGGCCCGGGCCACAUUUACUCUGAGCUUCGGAGUCCAAGGGAGGAAGGGAAAGGUGGGGACAGGGAAGGGAAGCCAACCCUCUUGGGGUCUCUUUCGGAGAGAAGACAUAGACUCCUGGGUUUCGGGGAGACUAAGAGACCGGAUAGGGGUAGGACUGCCUUUGCACCGCUCCUUCGGAAAACAAACCAACCCUCCUAGUUACGGUUUCUAUCGACCCUUCAUAGAGCGAGUUUGGCCCCCAGUCCUAACCCAUAUUUCAGGGUGUCCUUCCCUACUAGUUCUUCUCCUCUCCGAGUCCGCUCCCCGACUCAACCCCAGCACCCCCUCUUUCUCCUGCCAGUUCUCGUUCAGGGCUGAGGAAAGAACUGAGGGUAUGUUUAUACUGCUGCCGUCCCCGUCUGAAGACUAGCCCAGGAGGGAUCGAAAGAGGCCGGGACAGAUGUUCGAAGCUGGCUGGCAGACGGAUUCUUUUUCCAGACUGAGCCCCAGAUCCCUUCGCAGUCCUGUUUCCUUUGCUCCGCCACGACUAUUCUGUCUUCAGCAACAUUCGCCCUUCUUCCCAAGACCCCGAAUGGAAAAAAAAGUAAAUCAGGGGUAAGAAAAAGCAACAGGCAACUCUCUCUAGAGCCAUACUCUCCAGCACCAGAGAUCACACAUCAAGAAUCCGUGCCCCUACAGACUAGCUCGCGGCUGGAGGCCUCAUGACGUUCCCCCUCCCCCUCUUUCCUCACCUAAACAGCUUUAGCGACGCUAUGGAGACAGAGACAGACAGACAGAGACAGAAAGAGAGAGUCAGAGAGAAAGAGAGAGACAGAGAGAGACACAGAGAGAAAGACGGAGAGAGAGAGAGAGGACUUUUUUAUAGGUGGGCAGCGCGGAUCUCUAGGCUAACCUCUAUGGCGUUAUUUCUGUCAAUAACUCUUACCGAACCCAGAGCUCUUUUGGCACCCACCCCGACGAGCCUUGAGCGGGAAAAGUGGUCAAAACUAGAAUCCCUAACUGUCAAAUGGCCAUCGGGAGAGCCGAGAAGGGGGGGGGGGGGGGAAGACACGAAGGACCUCAGCUUCAGAUUCAAAUUAGCUCCCUUUGAAUAGCGGGGCAGACACAGUCCUCUUUUUUUUUUUUUUUAAAGGUGAGAUCUCCAUUGGUAUAUUAAAAUCCUCCCUCGGGUGGCAACUUCGACUUUUAAUUCAUGACUUUAGGAAUAGAGAAUUGUGUUUUAACUUUAUUUAAGGGAAGUUAUUUUUUCUCUUUGGAUUUGCACUUGUUUGGGGGGGGGUUUGGAGUGGAGGAGGGAGAGAUCACAGUCUACUUUUCUUCUGUCUCCUGUCGGAUACUGAGCUCGGUCGGAUGUCGCCUUUUCCCAAGUGGGGUUUGCAGUCUCUUUAGGAAAAUAAAGGGCUCAGCGGGCAACGCUGGGAACCAUCGACAGGCUCCUGGAGUCGUUUCUUACCGAGACCUUCUCUAAAACAUCCCGGCUUCGCUUCUCUCCACCCACCAACCCCACCGCCCUUUC